UUCCUCCCGCAACCACCGCGGAAAACCAAUUUUCGCCCCCACACGUGUCGGCCGCUACCUCUUCUACCUAAAAUUGCACCUUCACUCCCCCAUUUCCCCCUCCUCCAACUAAAUUUCAUUUUCUUCCCACUAUUCAAUUCCUUCAUACUCACAUUGCAAUUUCCUUUUUUUUUUUCUUUCUAAAAUCCCCCUAUCAAUUCAUUUUAUCCCUGUUUAUGCUAAAGGUUUCAUUUUGAACCCCAAUUCAAGGACCCCGUAUCUCUCUGUGGUAUACAAAAAGGAUAAUAGAAAAGAGAGAGGUUUUUGGGUUUUGAAGAAAUAGAUCAGGUGUUUUUGUUUUUUCGCCCUCUAUAAUUUGAUCGUUCUUCAAUUAGUAUUUCUGAGUGUCAUAAAUUUUAAGCUCUUCCUCUGCAAAUAUGCUUUGCUGUGAUUCUUUCAAAUCCUAGUUUUUUUUAGUAUCUCUUCGAGCUCCUUUUAUUUAUCAGCCACAUUAGGAAUUCUUUGAUUCUUUCUGUAUAUAAGGAACCCAUUUAUUAAUUGAACAAUUAUGGGUGACAAAGGCCAUAUCCUUAUAGAAAUAUUGAAAUGGCCUUGAACUUCAGCUGUGAGAGGGACAUAUUUGAUUGCAGCUCAUCGGAACCAGCCUCAAUGGACAUAGUUGACCGUUUGCCAUCUGAUCCUUUUGGGAUGGAUAUAGAAACUACUUUCACCGCCAUCACUGGGUGGUUGGAGGACUUGAAGGUUGAUUAUGGUGGUUUCAUGAGUAAUGGCAUGUCCUCUCAAGAAGGUUACCAUUCAUCUGCUGGAUGGAAUUUAAUUUGGAAUAAUUAUAUUCACUUCGAAUCAUUUCCACGCACUAUUCAGUUGAAUGAGAGACUGAAUGCGGGUAUGCAGGACUACAUACCCAACGGCUUCCAGUUUGACCACGAUCUUGAUGCAGCUCUUACAUUGAGUACAUAUGAGAACAUUGGCUUCAACAAUGGGAGUGCUAGCUGCAGUAAUGAGAUGGGAUCCGGAAGGGAAGUGGAGGGUGCAUCUGAAUUUGAAGGAGCACCUCACGAAGCUUUUAAUUAUGUUCUUAGCUAUUUGGGAGUGAAGGACCUUUUGUCUGUAGAAAGGACUUGCAGUUACUUGUCGUCUGCUGUCCGAGGGGAUCCCUUGUUUUGGAGGACUAUCCACAUUGACCAGCCUCUAAAUGAAAGGAUCACAGAUGAUGUUCUCGUGCAAUUGGCUGGUAGGGCUCAGGGUAAGCUUGAAAGUUUGAGCUUAGUGGAGUGCCCUAAAAUCACUGAUGAUGGUUUGAGGCGAGUGCUUGAAGAAAAUCGACGAUUAACUAAGUUGUCUAUUCCUGGAUGUACAAGGAUCACUAUAGAUAGCAUAGUGAAUUGUAUCAGAGCCUACAACUGCAAUAAUGAAUUUGGAGGAAUAAAACAAGUGAGAAUUGGUGGCCUCUAUGGUGUGAGCCACGAGCAUUUUGAAGAGUUGAACUCAUUAAUGGGUUCCAGGGACAAGAAGUUUGAAACUGCGCACAAGCCACAUUUCUAUCACCGAGGGAACUUUUAUCUUCCACAUGAUGAUGAUCGAACAAUCGAUAUUGAAAUGUGUUUGAAAUGCGAGAAGUUCAAAUUGGUUUACGAUUGUCCAAGUGAAGGCUGUAGGGCUAAAGAUAAGUCACCUGAGGUUUGCAAAGCUUGCACUCUCUGCAUAGGAAGGUGUGCUCAGUGCGGCCGGUGUAUUAAUGAUACUGAAUUUGAGGAGACGUUCUGCCUGGAAUUGCUAUGUUCGGACUGUUUUAAGCAGCUACCCUCGUACCAAGACAAGCUUGAUGAGGAAGACAACUUUAUGGAGCUUGAUGCUGUGUAAGUUAUCACUUCAUCUUCCAUUAGUAUGUGGUCUUUAAAUCUAGGAGCAAGACAAUGCGGGGUAGUCCGAUUCGAUUGUUGGAUGCUCUACUGCAGAGAGGAUGGUGAUCUUGUUGGGGUGAAUUGGAUGCUAUACGGCAGAGGGGAUGAUGGUCUUGUUGGGGCUUCUAUCUUUUUCAGUAUUGGUACAAAAAAACAGAAGCCAAAUGGGGAAGGAUAAAAAAGAAAAAAAAAGGCAUAAAGAGUAUAAACUCUUGAAAUAAUAGAAGGGUGAAAAAAUCUGUUGACAUGGAGAAUUGCAUUGGAAGCUAAUGUUUAGUAGUUAAACUUUCCACUGUGUGAAAGGCAUUCUAUAUAAUCUUGGUAAUGGUCUUUUACUGUAUCCUGUAAAACUCAAGAUUUUAUGCAUAUAGCAACUGUUGCAGUUCUUGGAUGUA